UAAUAAUAUACGAUUCGUCCUAAUGCGUUUAUGCAUAGUGGCCCUCCCCCUCCAGCGGUCGGUCGGCUUACUCAUCCUCCACUCUCCCCCACUCCCCUCCUUUUCUUUCCUUUCCUCCUCUCCUUUUCUGAAAGUCGGCACCUUUUUCUCUCUUCAGCCUUCGUCUCCAAGAAAUUGAUUAAACCCAUACGCCCCGGCAAUCGAUCCGAUCUCUCUAUUAAAGUAGUUGGAGCGAAUUUCCGGUCGAAUUUGGAUCGAGAGGCGUAGCAGCAGGGGCAGGGUAGGAGGAGGCGCGGGGGCCGGGUUGUCGGGGAGGAAGGGAUGGGGUGCGCGCAGUCCAAGAUCGAGCUGGAGGAGUCGGUGGCGCGGUGCCGCGAGCGCAAGCAGCAGCUCCGCGGCGCCGUCGUCUCCCGCAACGCCUUCGCCGCCGCCCACUCCGCCUACGCCGUCGCCCUCAAGAACACCGGCGCCGCACUCUCCGACUACGCCCACGGCGAGUCCCUCCACCCCCACCACCUCACCCACCUCCACCACCUCUCCCACUCCGCCUCCGCCUCGCACCCCCUCCACCGCCUCCUCCCGGAGCACGUGGUGGUGCACCCGCCCGCCGACCUCCCCCUCCCCAAACCCCCUAGAAAGCCGGCCAAG